GCAAGCACGCCGAGGACAUCGUACAGAGUUAAAACAAGCUGGACUGGUUCCAAAUAUAGCUACUGUAGGUCUCGAGGCCAGGGUGUGUGUGUGUGUAUGCUUGUUAAAAGCGAUUAAGUCCUCAGUAUACACCACUCUACCUUUCUGUACACACUUCAUGUGACAGGCAGUGCACAACAACGUCAACAAGGGUGUGUUUAAGAGGAAUGGAACUCGAUGCGUGCAUCAUAACUUAUACGUGGUUUGUGUGUUCGAGUUGUUAUUUUGUUUUCAUUUUUGAAAAGAGAGAAGAAAAAAAAAGAAAGACAGCUGGGUCAAUAAGGGAGAAGGUUCAUUUUUGAUGAAACUUCUCCCGGUACAUCACUGGAGACACUCGCUUUUUUUUCUUUCUUUUUUUCGGGAUUUUUCCAUAAAUUACCGAGGAUUCUCCUCAGAUUCGAGCCCAGACACGUCACGUCACGUGACAGGAUCGCGAUACGCAUUCAGCCAAAGCCCUCUUCGAUUCACGUGCGUCGAACGUGAGUACAGCUCAAAGGUCUCGUUUACUAACAAACAUCGCCGCGAAAGACCACGCAAAUUGCAUCACAAGUUUUUGAAAAAAAAAACCCGAGGCACGAUCGACCCAGAGACAUGCACGAGCGCACUACCUGCUGGCUCUCUCUACCACUCCAAGAAUAACCGUUUUUCUUUGUUUUUGAUUAUUAUUUUUUUUGACACGUGAUUCGUUUCGUGGAUCUUAACAUUACAACGUGGAAAUGACGAGGGUUCAUUUUAGUAGAUUUCACCACACACCAAACAGUUCAUGUGCUCAGUGCAGCCUCUCGGUGGAGCUCUCAGGGUCUUGGCUUGGUUUGGUUUCCGCCUCAGGCUGUAGGUUUCGUUUCUGAGUAAGAGCUCCACCUCUCAGCUGCCUUCUUUAAAAACACUCACUUGUGCUGGUUCUCUAGCAGGGAUUCCAAAAUGGACUUGGGCACAAUUGUGGCAAUGGGAGCUGGAGCAGCUGGCGCUGUAGCAGCAGCUCCACUUGUGGUAUCAGCGUUGGGUUUCACUGCUGGAGGCAUCGCUGCAGGAUCCAUAGCUUCGUGGAUGAUGUCAACAGCAGCUUUUGCUAACGGUGGGGGCGUAGUAGCAGGAGGUGCUGUUGCUGUCCUCCAGUCCGUCGGAGCUGCUGGACUUUCUGCUGCUGGUCAGGUCGUAGUGGCGGUUACAGGAGCGGCUGUGGCUGGAGCGGUUGAAAGCUUAACCUCUUCAUGUAAUGAAACCUUGAUUUAAACAAAACAAAUGGCAAAUACUAUUUGUUGUUUUCUGGGGGGGGGGGGGGGGGGGGUUUGCCUAAUGAUAAAAAUUCUUUCUGA